AUGGCGAGAAUAGCCAAGGUAUUCGAAAUAUCGGCGCAAGAAUUGGACCGAGUAAAACAAAAUAGAAAUGGGGUGGUCGGAAUACCGAGGAAGCACUUGGAGGAGAAAGCGAAGGCUUUGGCGGAUCAAGGUGAAUGGGUUUCAUUUGUUGAUGUCUUGGCGCUAUUGGUAUUUGGAGUCAUCCUUUUUCCAAAUGUGGAUGGGCUAGUGGAUUUAGCAGCGAUCAACGCCUUCCUUGCUUAUCACCAUAGCAAAGAAAGCCCGACCAUUGCUAUUUUGGCCGAUGCCUAUGACAUACUUGAACGAAGAUGUGAGAAGAGUGGCACAAUGAUUGUCUGUUGCACACCCGCUCUUUAUGUAUGGUUGGUCUCGCACCUCUUUCGUCAUGAAAGUAGACCUGUCUAUGCCCUGCAAGGUCACCGCAUGUGCGCUGAGAAAGGAAAGGCAAAUUGGGAGCAACUCUUGGCUAGUAUGGUAGGGGCAUCCAUUAAUUGGUUCCCCCGAUGGAAGAAAGGAAGAGUUGGGGUUUUGUCCUCAUGUGAGGGGUUCUCGAACAUCCCCUUGAUGGGAAUGAGGGGUUGUAUCAAUUAUAAUUCCGUCCUUGUCAUAAGACAACUUGGCUACCCCAUGAGAGGGGUGCCAUCGGAAAAAAGUAUCACGCCCUUCAUCGCACGGGGUUUCAGUUACCCCAAUGCAAUGAUAUUUCAAAGGGUCCGAAAGGCAUGGAGUGCGGUGCAAAGAAAGGAUAAGGAGCUUAGGGGAAACAACAAUGGGAUCGUUGGCGGCUAUUACAAGUGGCUGAAGGCUUGGACGCAAGAGUUAGAUUGGCUUCCAAAGGUAAAGGUUUCAAGUGAGGAAGAGGCUGAAACCCCUGAGGAGAGCAAAAAGGUGCAAGCCUUAAAGGCCAACUUGAAAGGGCGCAAACGGUCAAGGAAAAAUUCAAGACGACGACAAUCAAAGUCCAAAAAGAGUGCAACGAGCUGA